AGAGCGUUUAUAAAAUCAAGGUAAAUCGGGGUCAGGAACACAGAAAGUGGUACGUAUGAAUGGCAUAAGAAAAUAACUUCCUAUUUUUUAGUAAUUUCUAAAGUAAAUGACAACAUGCUAAAUAAUUUGCUUUUAUUGCAUUGACGUCUAAUCAGACAAAAAUAUCUAUUUUAUAGGUUGGCAGUAACCGUUUUUGUUUCAUUUUCCGAAAAUUGUAGGCCGCUUUCUUAUGUUAAUCCAGCUAUUCUUUUCUCAGCAACGCAGAAACCAAUACUGCAUAUAUUCCGCUUAUCUCUCAGGUACUCGGUACAAUAUCUAGAACCUACAGAGGAAGGAGUAUGUAAAUGUGAUUCUAACAAUAUACAUUUUGUAUCGGACUUUAAACAUUUGUACAGAAUGAUUUGUUGCAAAAACGUUAGCCUUGUAACUGACUGAUCUGGUUUCAGGAAAGAUAUUUUUAUAUUUAGAGUGAGUGGGAGGAAGUUUACGUGUUAGUACAAAUAGAAGAAAUUGCAAUAAUUGGAUCACUCGUAGGAUAUCUUUUGAGAGUAGAAAAAAUAUAACGUAUUUUCUUUCCCUAUUUUAAGCCAAAAUAAAAUAUAUAUAACUAAAGUACUUGUUGCUACUUUCUGUUUCACGGGAAACAUCAAAGAUUUUUUAAGUACAUAUAUCAAGUUGUCACCACCUACUGUUGUUGAUACUGUUAUCUGAAGGAAGUUAUAUAGAAAAAAUAUAGGAAAAUAAAUAAAGUGCAGUAGUUGAAAACGGAUCUUUUAUUCGGAUAAAAAGGGACAAAGUAAUGGGACCUGUGAUGAAGUGGCUGGUAAUUAGUGUACUAGGUUUGGUUGUUGUCGUUUUAUCUAUCGUUCUUGCGCUUGUCUGGUCUAUGCCAGACCUGCCGACAACCAUUAAACAUGACACCGUAUGUCUGCCGAAUGAACAAGGAAAAUUAAUAUGUGGCAAAACACCUCGUAUUCUACAUGAUUAUCUUAUGAGAGUUAUAUCUAAUGAGUACGAAAGAAUAAAGCAGGAAGAUGAAGAAAGACAACAAAAAUAUCUGGAUGAAAACAGAGUCCGCUUAAUGGCCAUUUAUGACAAAUACUACUGGGAGAUGAAACCUGCAGCUAAAGUGACUGGGAAAGAGCUACCGGACCUAAGAGAAGCUGAUGUUGGUCAGGAAAUGACACCAAUCAGAGUAUGGCGACACGGCCGAGAACUCUAUGACACAAGUGGCUUUCUAAGAUACGGUAUCCGGUACAGAAAUGGACGGCUAGUUGUACCGGUUUCCGGAACAUACUUUAUCUAUUCAUUUGUUGACUUCUUUGAGCCAUGUAGCCCCACAACAGGAAAACCAAAUAUAAGUGAUGCAAACAAACCAAUAAAACAUGGAGUCUAUAAAUUCAACAUUCUUUCUGAGUUAGAAACGGAAAUAGUUUCAAACCUGCAGCCUCACACUGUUUCCGGAAACAGAUAUUUCAAUUCCUACAGUAGCUACGUUUCAUCACUGGCAGAUCUCAAAGCAGGCGAUGAAAUAUCUGUGAAGGUUAGCAACUUAACGUAUCUGAAGUAUACAAGAGAUAAUUACUUUGGCUUAAAUUUGAUAUGACGCGACAUGAAAUAUGUAAGUUCACAGACUUUGAAAGACAUCUUUAUACACAGAGCUGUCUCAGUUCGUAUUUUCAUUUUCAGGAUAGUGUUAUUAGUCCCCUACUGGUUGAAAACCAGUUUCGGGGACUAUAGGAAUGCGUCAUUUCGUCCGUCCGUCUGUCUGUCUGUCCGUCCGCAAUUUCGUGUCCGGUCCAUAACUCUGUCAUCCAUGAAGAGAUGUUAAUAUUACUUGGCACAAAUGUUCCCCAUGAUGAGACGACGUGUCAUGCGCAAAACCCGGACCCCUAGCUCAAAGGUCAAGGUCACAAUUGGAGGUCAGAAAUCAACAGGGCUUUUUCCUGUCCGGUCCAUAACACUCUAUCUAUGAAGGGAUUUUAAUAUUACUUGGCGCAAAUGUUCCCCAUGAUGAGACGACGUGUCGUGCGCAAAACCCGGACCCCUAGCUCAAAGGUCAAGGUCACAAUUGGAGGUCAGAGGUCAACAGGGCUUUUGUCCUGUCCGGUUCAUAACUCUGCCAUCCAUGAAGGGAUUUUAAUAUUACUUGGCACAAAUGUACCUCACAAUAAGACAAUGUGUACUGCACAACUUUCAGACCCCUAGCUCAAAGGUUAAGGUCACAUUUAGCAGUGCAUGUGUGUGUGUGGUCGUAUAUGAAAGAGAUGAACUAAGCGUUGUGUUUCAGGUUCGAUCCUUUUAUUGCUGUAUACUCAAGUUAAUCAUAACAACGUUGUGGCCGGAAGUAACGUCAUGGCACAACGGUACGUUGCGCCAUGACGUCGCGCGUUAAAGCCCGCAGUCCACGACAUUCUCCGGGCCCACAAAAGAUACCUGUAAAACUAUAGUAAUUGAUACAUAUGAACAAAAUAUCUCAAAAUCAUGUAAACUGAAAUGUCGAAAUGUUUCUCUUUGAUAAUUUUAUAACGUCUCUGAAAAAUAGAAAUAGUUACACACAUAGAAUAGUUAAGUCUAUGUUGAUCAGUAAACAAUACUCUUCACGUUUAAAUCUCAAUCACUAAUUAUGUAUCACUUAAUUAUGAAAGUGUCUCUGUUUGUACACAAUGUAUUUCACUAAAUAUAUAGAAAGUCAG